AUGACUGGUAGUUUUGGGGUUUUUCAAAUACCUGACUUUGUAGCUAGUCGAAAGGCCUAUCAAAGGGUAAAUGCUUAUAACAAAACAUGGCAACUAGUUUGUGGUAUACAAUUAUAUGAAGAAUUCGAUAAAGCAGAAAGAAUGGCUGAAAAAUCAUGGACAACUGAUCCAGUAGUCACACGUUUAUUUGUUAUUAUCCUAUUCUUCUCUACUCCUCUUCAUUAUUAUGAUGAUUCUCCAACACCAACAAAGAUUCUGAAGAAAAAACAAGCUAUUUUUCAAAUUCAAAAUGCAUAUGUAAUACUUCUAUGGAGAUAUUUAACAUAUCGUUAUGGAUCAGAAGGAUCAAUUCGAAUUUAUCUAAAUCUAGUUCAUGUAUAUAUGAAAAUGCAGCAAGUUGGAUAUGGUGUUUAUACUCAAUUGCGAACACAAAAAGAUCUGUUUCCAACACAUGAAACUCUAAACAAACUAGUUACACUUGAUAUUAAUGAUACGCAAUGA